ACAGCCAGUGUUCUCUGGGAAGGCAAAGAUAAAAUAAUAUUCCUUAGUAAAUAUGUGUGUAAAAAGAGAGAGGUGGAGGAGGGAGCAUCAACACAUUUCUCACGAGCAACAAAGAUUUUGAUACUUUAAGGAAUAGCUUUGGAACACGCUUUAGUUAAAUGCCAAGGAUAAGAUCGCUGUCCUUUUAACUAGUGGCGUCUCUUGUCUUGUAUCAGUUGUCAGUCACUUCUGAGGAGACUGGAGAGGGAAUCUUCAUAUAAACAUUCUAAAUAUUCAGCUAGGGCGUCCUCGGAGCUGGGUCGUGGCGUUGGUCUGCUCUCUCGGGAACGACGUUUCUGAAAACCGCGGAAGACGUUAAAAAAAAAGUAUAUACUAGGGACAAACGUUAUUCCCUCAUCUAAUAUACAUAUAUACAGUGAGAUAAAAUCACACAAGUGCAUAUUGGAAGAAGAGGAAAAUAAUUAGAAGAUCGCAGGAAAAUAAUAUAUAUAUAUUGAUAUAUACAUAGAAGACCGCAACAACUGACUCUGAAGAAGCUCAGGAGAGGGACGGCUAUGGAGAAACCUGAUCACAUUGCACCCAGGAUCACGGGUUGCCUCAUGAAGGACGGGACUUUCGUGAGCUUAGACAUGUCGCUGAAGUCAAGACAAAUGGAAGAACAAUUACCCGAAAACCACCUCGACGACAGACACUCCCUCGACUCCACCGACGUCAGUUCUCAGUCGAGCGAGGAGGAAGAGCGGGGAGAGGACCCAGCGGGACGAGACUCUGAGAAGACCUCCUUAGACAUCAGCCUCAGCUUGGACAGUCACGUCCAGGAGACUCCCGGAGAAUCACAGAAGGUCGUCGAACCUGUAGACUACGUCCAGAGAUAUAGUCGUCCUCCCGGCGAGCCUCUGAAGCUGGAGGAGUCUUGGAAGAAGCUCGAGGAAGCCGAGUCACUCCUGCAGUUUUCCAUCGACUCGGUCAAAACGAAGUGAGGAAUUCCGUCUUAGUGGAUGAUCUCGGUACAUUGUAUUUCACGAAUGAAUAUGUUAUUAUUGUGUUGUUAAUAGAGUGUCUUUUCAUUAUUUCUGUCUCUGUCUCUGUCUCUGUCUCUAUCUCUGUCUCUCUCUCUCUAUCUACAUCUAUCUAUCUAUAUGUGUAUGUAUGCAUGAAUGUAUGUAUGUAUGUAUGUAUGUACGUACGUAUGUAUGUAUGUAUGUAAAUGUAUACAUAUACAUAUAUACAUAUAUUAUUUUCUUCUCCUUCUUUAUUUUAUUUCCUUUUUCCAUUCUUUCAUUUCCUAUACACAUAGGACUGGCUAUCUGCCUAUCUCUCUUUCCCUGUAUUCCUCUGUCCCAUAUCAUUCCUAUGUCACCAGAUAUUUAUUGACUUUGCAAAUAAAAUCGUCAAAUCAC